AUGAUAGAAACGGAAGCUGUUGAGAGGAAACGAACCAGAGGAGGUUUUCUCAAUCUGUUUGAUUGGCCUGGUAAAUCCCGGAAGAAGCUCUUCUCCUCUGGCACCACCUCGCAAAUCUCCGAAGCGUCAAAGCAAGAGAAACAAAAUGCUCAAAACCUCUCAAAGUCACUGCCUUUUCCACAGGCUGAGGUUAAUGAGUCUGGAAAGAGUUCGACUUACAAUCCGAGAAGUGACUCGAGUUGUUCUACAUCAACUGUUACUAGUGAUGAUGAACAAGAAUCCAGAGCCGUCCCAAGUGUGGUCGCGAGGCUCAUGGGUUUAGAGUCUCUACCAGUACCAAACAUCUUCAGAUCCUCACGCAAGGCAAGCACAUGGGAUGCAUAUGAGAGUUUGGGUUAUGUAAAUCUCCGCACUGACUAUGAUGGCAUUUCUUGGGACCAUUUGAAUUCAAGAACGGAUCACGAGCAUUGUAACCGGCCUCCUAUUGACCGGUUUCAAACCGAAACGCUACCUCCAAGGUCUGCCAAACCAAUCUCUGUCACUCACAAUAGGCUCUUGUCACCUAUCCGGAGUCCUGCGUUUGUUCAGUCCAGGAACCCUGCUUAUGUAAUGGAAGCAGCUUCGAGAAUGAUCGAGCCAAGUUCUCGUAUAGCUACUGCUAAAGCACGGUUUUCGUCAUCAACUGGCUCUUCUUCAUCAUCACGUCCAAUGAGGAUCAAAGAUUUGAAAGAGAAACUAGAAGCUUCACAGAAAGGAAAGCACGACGAGAACAGAACUACAUCAUCACUCAAGACACAGGAGACGAAAAGGUUAUUGAGUAAAGCGAAGCCGCCUCCUGUAUCUGCACACGCAAAGGCCAAUAUGACUCACAAGCAAGAAAGCUCAACGCCGUCAAGAAGUGGCAACAGAGGCCAAAAGGAGAAGAUGGAAACUAAGAACCGUGUGAUGAAAAAUGGUCUCAAAGAAUCUUCAGCUAGCAGUGGGAAGAAAACUGUGGUUAAGCCAAGUAAGCAGAAACAGAACCAAUCCGCUGUGACGUCUGUUUCAAACCAGAAAGGUAGCAAAGUGAUGAUGAACAGAGUUGUAAACAAGGUUUUGGUGGAAAGCGGAACUACAUCUAAGAAGCCUGGUUUUACAGCAAACACUACUUUGUCUUUGUCAGACAGAAAGCAUCUUUCCGGCAACAAGAAGCCGCCAAAUGGGAUGCAAGAACUGAUCAAAAGAGGUGACAAGUUGAUAAAAUGCAACAUCACAGUUGAUGACGGGUUAAAGACAAGGGAUGAUGAUCGAAAGAAGGACAUGGAUGUGAUCUCGUUCACUUUCUCAUCCCCAAUCAAAGGUGUAUCAUCGAACACACGAUCCUCAAGUAAAAAGACCAGUCGAGAUAGAGAAUCUGCACUUAGUUUCAGUGCGAUCGACAGUGUCUCUCUAAACAUUCUGUUGGAACAAAAGCUCAGAGAGCUAACCUCUAAGAUUGAGUCAUCAUCUUGCAGUAGUCUCCUUACCCAAGAAGAAGAGUCUUCAGGUUCCAUUUCAAAGGAUUGGGUGAAUGGGACCAUAUCAUUGCCAUCAGAUGAUUUGGAUAUAGUUUCAUCAGAGAGUGAAACUGAUUCUGAAUGUACUUCGUACUACAAUAACCGAAAAUUCCAGGCAGAAGAGGAGGAUGUUAACAGCUUCAGCACUGUAACAGAAGCGGAGGAGGAUCUUGAAAUAUCCUGCGGCAAGAGUUUCUCUGAAGAAACAGAACUCUCAGAAUCCGUUGCUAUAGCAGAAGCUGAAGAAGAAGGCGAUGACUGGGAACUCGAGUACAUAACCGAGAUCAUAGCCUCUGGCCAGCUGAUGGUUAAAGAGUUCUCCUUAAGGAUGGCUACUGAUAUAUUACCAUUGAGCCUUUUCGUUGAACUUGAAGGUAAGAGAGAUGCUCGGGGGAAGAUUGAGAGAAAAACGCUGUUUGAAUUUGUGAAUCAGUGCUUAACACUCAGAUGCGAGAAGAUGUUGAUGGGAAGCUGCAGAGGAUUGUCAGGGAUUUUGUUUGAAAGGGAAGAGAUAUUAGCUGAAGAAGUGAAGAAAGAGAUUGAUGGACUGAAGAAGAUGAGAGAGAUGAUGAUGAAGAUGGAUGAGCUCGUUGACAAUGACAUGAGUAGUUUUGAAGGGAAAUGGAUUGAUUACAAGAGAGAGAGUUAUGAAGAAGGAGUUGAGGUUGAAGAUGCGAUUGUUUCUGAUUUAGUUGAUGACGUAGUUAACGAUCUUCUUCUCUUCUCUUUCUGA